UGUGAAUGAGCGAGCACAUCAACUCCGAUAGACUUCACAGCAAGGCGGGUCAGCGCCUCAAACACCAAAAUGCCGAAAUCUUUUCUAGUGUGUAGGUUUCAAGGCAAGAAGAGACGCCAUUCAGAAACAACAACAGAGACCUCCGUGUCUACAAGCCAGCCGUCCAAACCAGUGGUCACCCCCAAUGGCCAUUUUGCCUCGGACAGCGAGUUCGCCAUACUUCGGACAGAUACCGAAGUCACUGAAGCCAAACGAGCCCGUUUGUCAGAAGACUUAUCCGUCGACUUGACCGUCACACCCAGUGAACGCAUUAACGAUGACAUCACAAGUCACGACAUCAUCCACCUCGACAACAGCAAGGGAUCGCCAUUCUCAUACAACAGCGACUCCAGCGGCUAUUCUUCAGGAUAUGCAUCCAAAGACAUUUCUGAUGUAUCAUCUUCCUUCACCCACCCCGGUACGUUUGACCGUUCAGCGGCAAACACCCCGACACCCGACUCGUCGGUUGUCUGUACAGUGUCUGAAGUAUCGUCCACUAGGAUGGGCUCCACAGAAACCUCACCCACACCGGUCCCUUCUCCUGUCUUGUCACGGGUGGAAGACAUACGCCCUGUCUUUACCACCCCGGACGUGAAGACCGAGAUGUCCGCUACACACGUAAGGAUGACAGUCCCGACCAGACCCCCGAGUCUGCCUUCAGUCAUUCUUAGUUCGACUCCAAAAUCUUCCGCAGAGAACAUUCCAAUCGCUUGCAGGCGAGUAUUUCCAGUUCUGCACAUGCCAUGGAUGAGUAGCCCGAUACCUGGACGUCUGCCACCCAGAUCCCGAUAUGCAACCCUCACCCCACCCCCAACACCGUCUCACGGCCCUUGUUCAGAGACGGGCUGGCAAUCAUCAAGCAGCCCACCCAGCCCUCGGUCGGAAAUGUUUAAAGCACACAGUGACGUCACUAAAUCUUCAGUUUCAACUGUGACAUCAGCUGGAUAUGUGUCUUCGCGUUAUGCAGAGAACUCAAAGGAAAAUAUUGUCCCCAAAAUGCACGAAAAGCCGUUGAGCCAUGACCUCCCAAGGACUCCAUUUGCCAGGCAGCCCUUGCAGAACUUUACCAAUAACAAGUUUUACGCUCAGUCCUUGUCUCCAUUCCCAGUGCAAGGGGGCCGUAUACCAGUGCUGCCCCAUGGUACAAAGGGUCUUCCCCUCACCAUGGCUCAUCUCCCCAACCCUGUGUCCUCCCUACCUCCAUAUGCUGUAAGGAAUAUGUGUCGCGAGGAUAAGACCAAUGUAUCCAUGUACCAAAGUUCAGUUCAACCAUGUUCCACCAUCACUUCCUCCGAUCACCCCCGCACAACGUGUCCACCUAGUCUAGAAAACACCAUCCCACCGGUGAAGUAUCAGCCAAGGCCCCACCCUACCCAGCCUCUGCGGCCGUGGGAGGAUACCGAUACGAAAGACACUUACGCUAAACGACCUGUCACCCCACAUCUUAUUGCUCAACCUAUGCCUUUACUGACCAAACAUGAUCCAAACGGAAGUGUAUCACCUCAACCUUUGAACUUUUCCAUGGAUCACCGCAAUAAUGUCAGCAUGGUGAACCCGUACAGAUCAGCGACCUCUGAGAUGAACAGUCUUCCCAGAGAUAUGAAAUCCACCUCCCCCAUGUCAGCACUGUCUGUUGUCACCGAUAUACCGCCCAAUGUCAAGAGUGAGGACGCUGAGAACCGCCUGACCCCCAACACACCCGGCUCCUCACCAAACACAAGUAAAGAAGCCAAGUGGUCCCUAGUCUCCCUGCACGACCUUGAGAUGGCGUCACGUGACGAACACCGAGACGUCAAGAUGGCACCGACGUUGCUGCUUCUCCUCAAGCAAGCAGGACGUACUGAUGUAGAAGUGAUUAAUGGUGGCUAUGGUAUCAAGAACCCCUCUUUCACAGAAGCCGACCUCGAGGACACUGUCAUUAAACAGAAAGCUGUUAUGACCGACAGCGGGAGGUACAUGUGCAAAGUCUGCCAGAAGGAGUUUGCACUCCAGCGAUUGCUCAACCGCCAUGUGAAGAACCAUAGCGAGGUCAAACGGUACCUUUGUACGUUCUGUGGCAAGGGUUUCAACGACACCUUCGACCUGAAGCGACACACAAGAAUACAUACAGGUGUAAAGCCUUACAAAUGUGAAAAGUGUGGCAAAGCCUUCACCCAGCGUUGUAGCCUCGAGUCCCACGCCAAGAAGGUGCACGGGUCGGAGCUGGCCUUCGCUUACAAAGAACGUCGAUGCAAGAUGUACGUCUGUGAAGACUGCGGCCAUACCACGGGUGACCCCGAGCUCCACUACGUUCAUCUGAAGGAAAACCACCCCAACUGUCCUGCCCUCGAAAAGUGCCACGACAAACGUCAGUUUAAAUUCACUGAUGGCAAAAUCCCCAGUGCACCGGUUCUCUCGCCGAGGAACUAAUUUCUUGCAGAAGAAUACUCCAGUUUCUAGUAGUGCUCAGACUGCUUCCGGUAGUCACCAUUUGUUUUUGUUACCGUUAUGUGUGACUGUUACCGUUCGUUCUCCUCCGUCUCGUCGCUCGACUGUUAUCGGAUGUAAAUAUUUGAAAGCAUCUUUUCUUUAUAGUCGGACUGCGUUUAUGGUCUCGACCAAUUUGUCAUAAUUGUACAAUUCAACUACCAUAUUUGGUGAGAAGUGUAUAUUUGGAACAGGAAGUCAGCCGCCCGCCAUGUUUUUGCAUGCUGGGUUACCUUUACAGCUUAUACAGUAUUGAACAGUACUGAGAUUCUUCACCCUUUACCUCGUCUUAGGAAACUUAUAGUUUGUAAAAUUGCUUUUUGACAAAUCCCAAACUAGUCAUUAGUGCAUUGUCAACUUGUCACUGUUGCAUUUUACAAGCUAUCACACGCUGCUUGAUGUUGUUCGCAUUUUGCCAAAGUUUGCAAAGAAGUCGUUUAUUUUGUGCAAUAUUUUGUUCUCGAUUAGCCUCAUUCCCUGUGUCUACGUCUGCCCUAUCCUAGCUAGUCCUAGAUCUUUGUAUGAUAUGUUCGUUAUUUAUUGAUUAAUGUCGGUGCUACAUCACUCAUUACAACCCAAGUUGUGCAAUAUUCCAUGAAAAAAGCUACGUUCCAUGCAUUCAAUUUGCAUUCACCACAAAUAAACAAAUCACAAUUGA